GCAAUUUCUUCAGUCAAGCUAUCAUUCAUUAUAUUUGAAGCUUCCUUCCAGUCUUAGCUUAGCUUUAGCAAGUGCUGCUGAGAUUGUGACUGACUGACUGACUGAAUUGAAACAUUUUCUUUUCAAUCGGAACUUUCCUCUCAUCGAUCAAUGGCGGAAGCGGUCUCGCAUCAUCUCUUUUGAAGCUGAGGAAUAAUAAUGUGGAAGCUGAAGAUCGGGCAAGGCGAUGGGCCAUGGCUGUCUAGCGUCAAUAACUUUGUCGGCCGCCAAGUAUGGGAGUUCGAUCCCGAAGGCGGGACACCCGAGGACAGGGAACAGAUUGAACGGAUCCGUGAUCGCUAUCGUAGUAACCGCUCUCAAUUCAAAUCUCCUAGUGACCUCUUAAUGCUCUUCCAGCUUAUCAAAGAAAGCGAAAUUGACCUGAGCUGCAUACCACCAGUAAGAUUACUAGCAACAGAAGAUAUAAGCAGUGAAGCUGCUACAAUUUCUUUGACCAAAGCAGUUCGAUUAGUCUCUGCUAUCCAGUCUAUAGAUGGCCAUUGGCCUUCUGAAACUGCAGGACUCCAAAUUCUUAUCCCUUCACUGGUAAUUGUUCUCUAUGUUACUGGCUCUUUGAAUACUGUACUAUCAUCAGAACACAGAAAAGAAAUUCUUCGAUAUGUUUACAAUCACCAGAAUGGUGAUGGGGGUUGGGGAAUGUAUAUUGAGGGACAUAGCACAAUGCUUGGUACAGCAAUGAACUACAUAGGAUUGCGGUUGCUGGGAGAAGGAAGUGAAGUUAAGGAUGUGACAAGGGCUAGGGCUUGGAUACUUGAUCAUGGUGGUGCAACAAUGAUUCCCUUCAUGGGAAAGAUUUUUCUUUCAUUUCUUGGAGUGUAUGACUGGGCAGGAAGCAUUCCAGCGUCUCCAGAGUUGUGUUUUCUUCCUUCCUUUUUCCCCGUAAAUCCAGGACAAAUGUUUUGCUAUCUUCGUGAAAUGUUCAUUCCUGCUUCUUAUCUCUAUGGAAAAAGAUUUGUUGGAACAAUCACUGAUGUUGUAAAAUCCCUAAGAGAAGAACUGUACAACAUACCUUAUAGAGAUAUCAACUGGAACAAAGCACGCUAUUCUUGUCUGAAGGAGGACCUGUAUUAUCCCCAUCCCUUCUUACAAGAUGUUCUCUGGGAAGGCAUUUAUCGCAUUUUUGAGCCUUUGAUGAGUUGUUGGCCUCUCUCCAAGUUGAGAGACAGAGCUCUAAGUAUUACUAUGAAACAUAUUCACUAUGAGGAUGAGAACAGUAGAUAUGUUACCCUUGGGUGCAUACCAAAGAUUUUCCAUUUGCUAGCAUGCUGGGUUGAAGACCCUGCUUCAGACGCCUUCAGAAGGCACCUUGCCCGGAUUCCAGAUUUUCUCUGGAUAGCUGAAGAUGGAAUGAAAAUGCAGGUUUCUGGUACUCAGGCAUGGGAUUGUGCCUUCAUGAUUCAAGCACUUGUAGCGACAGAUCUGACCGAUGAAUAUGGGACAACUCUCAAGAAGGCACAUGAUUACCUGAAACAAACACAGAUUCAAGAAAAUCCAUCAGGUAAGUUUCAGGAAAUGUAUCGGCAUAUUUCGAAAGGUGGAUGGCCGCUCUCAGAACAAGACAAUGGUUGGCAAGGUUCAGACUGCACAGCUGAAUCUCUCAAGGCUGUACUUCUACUUUCAAAAAUGCCAGUAGAAACUGUAGGGGCCAAAUUUGAGGCUGAGCGAUUGUACGAUGCUGUUAAUAUCCUUCUCUCACUGCAGAGCAAGAAUGGCGGUUUUCCAGCUUGGGAACCUGCGAGAGGACCACCCUGGCUCGAGUUUUUCAACCCAUCACAUGUUUCUGGAGAUGGUGUUAUUGAACAUGAGCACACUGAAUGCACUUCCUCUGUGAUCCAAACCCUUGUAUUGUUCAAGGAUUUAUAUCCAUUGCAUCGAAAAGGAGAAAUAGAAGAUGCAAUUGCAAGAGCAACACGUUUUAUUGAAGAAAAGCAACUGCCUGAUGGUUCUUGGUAUGGAUUUUGGGGUAUUUGCUUCGUUUAUGCUACAUGGUUUGGACUAUCUGCAUUGAAAGCUUCUGGGAAGACAUAUGAAAAUAGCUUAGCUGUUCGUAGAGGCUGCGAGUUUCUGCUUUCUAUUCAAAACAGUGAAGGUGGUUGGGGAGAAAGCUUCCUUUCAUGUCCAAAUAAGGAAUAUGUGCCGCUAGAAGGUGACCGAACAAACUUAGUACAAACUUCCUGGGCAAUGUUGGGUCUCAUUUGUGCUGGACAGGCUGAAAGGGACCCAACUCCUUUACAUCGAGCAGCAAGGCUUCUAAUCAACUCACAGUUGGAAAGUGGUGAAUUUCCUCAACAGGAAAUAACUGGUGCUUUCUUGACAAAUAUUAUGAUGAACUUUGGAGCAUACAGAAACAUAUUCCCUAUGUGGGCAUUAGGUGCAUACCGUAAAAAUGUGUUUUGUCAAUCCAAGAAGAAUAUAGAAUCAACCCCUUAAAGCUCACUUCUCCUCUUAUUUUCUUUCUUUCCACUUUUUUUAUUUUAAUUUUCAACUUCAAUAAAAACUUCAUUAUUAUAUAUAUAUAUAUGACAAUCAUGCAUUUUUUUUUAUAAUUCUGUGAACCAGGAAAGUUGUUAUGUCUUGGCAAAGCAAAUCUAUUCACUUUGGACGUCUGUUUUAGCUUUUUUUCUUUUCUUUUAAAGUAUGUAAUUAACAUGUUAAGAUA